UCAGGCUUCCUUUAUGAUCCACAUGGAGGUUUUCCAGUCUGUGUUGCUAUCUCUCCUGAAGCUACAGCAGAACAUCUAGUUAUGAGUCCAACAUCCGAUGGCAGAACAACCCUUGAUAGAGUGGAGCAGUGGUCUCUUUGACUGCUUUGAAGAUGUGGCGACUUGUUGCUAUGGUUUCUGGUGCUACCCUUGCCUUGCCCUCACAGUUUCAGAAAGAUUUGGAGAGAGCCGUUGUCUCCCAUGUUGUGAUAUAUGCACCCCCGCCAUUUCUGCAUAUUGUGGGUUACCUCUGUGCGUGCCUCCUGCCGUCCUGUCUCUAAGGGCUGCCAUGCGAAACAGAUAUGGUAUCAAGGGUUCUCUCUGUAAGGACAUUGCAGCUGCCUGUUGCUGCGGGACGUGUGCCUGGUGUCAGAUGCAUCGUGAGUUAAAACAUCGCAAAAAAACUCCCACUGUCGUCGUCAUGCAAAAUCAAGUCAAUGUCCAAAUGCAGCCUGCUCCAGCGAUGAUGAUUCCUGGAUACCCGGCCCAAGCUGGUUUUGUGAAUCAACCAGGAGUCUUUGUGAUGUCAUCCUGA